AUGGAUAAAGUUGUUUACGAGGUUUCACCGAGAUUCUCAAGGAUAACCGCUACGAAACUGGAAAGAAAAAGAAAGGGACUAGUCGCAGCUGUGAAAAGGACAAAGAGAGUCUCAUGUGCAGAAAGCAGAGGCUUCUCCGGCUUAACGGCUGUGAGAAGCGGAGGGCAGAGAUUAUCAACAAGAAAAUCAGACAUGCUACUAGCAUUGAAACAUUGGGGAGUUACAAUACGUUUUUCUACAUCAUACAACCAUGAUUCUAAUGAAGAAGUAGAACGAUUCAAUAGAGUGAUUAAUGAAGUAAUUGCUGUUUAUAAAGCUGAAAAUAUAUGGGAUAUUAUAAUAGUAGCUGAACAAGGAGUUUCGGCCGAACCAAAACAGGUGGCCAUAAGUUAG